AUGACCGAAAAUGAAGAUCUUCUGGCCAAGAUUGGCCAGCUUGCAGGUCAAAUCAAUCGCCACAAGAGCCAAGACACCCAGCCAACUAACCAUCAGUCUCAAUACGUGUCUCGCCAUGCUCAUACCCACUCCGGAUGGGCUCCAUACCCCCGCGGCCGAGGUCGAGGCCGAGGUCGAGGGGCAACGGCGCCUCACCGACACCGCACACUUGUUUUGAACAAUGCGGCUGGACCAAGCCAAGGAAGCACCUCUUCUCCUGGAUCCAUGAGUGACAACACCAGUGAAGGACGUUCGGCGCCGACUUCGAUUGGUAAUGGCUGGGUUGCAAAACGCGAUCGCCACAUGCAGUUGAUCAACUCUGCUAUCUAUGACAAGGAAACUCAGGCUAGGUCAAAGGCUAUCGAGGAAACACGCAGACUGAAGGAACAGAAACGGACAGAGCGGGAACAAGCCAAGGUUCUUCGAUACGCGCAGGGCUCCGGCGCUGCUCUAGUGUCCACCCCUGCCAACCCGUCAGCUGGCCAUCAGAUUCUCGUCAACGAGAUUCCGUUCAAGAUCGCUCGGGGCGGAAGCAAGUUAAUUCGCAUCUCGAAUGAUCCCAACACUGCCAAUACCACACCCAAGCGCGUCACAGUUGCUGGCGUGGCUUUCGUCCGCAGCAAGAAUGGCAACCUCCACCGCGUCGGCGCUGUGGCUUCCAAAAAAACAACCCACAAGAAACGCGACGAGCUUUGCAAAAGAUUCUCCACGACCGGUACAUGCUACAAAGGCCCAGAUUGCCUCUUCACCCACGAUCCAGAGAAGGUUGCCAUUUGCAAGGACUUCUUACAAACAGGGCAAUGCGGCGCAGGUACCAGCUGUGAUCUAUCCCAUGAGCCCUCGCCUCACCGUUCCCCUACCUGUAUGCAUUUCCUUAGAGGCCGAUGCGCCAACCCCGACUGUCGCUACGCACACAUCCGGGUGACACCUGGUGCGCCGGUCUGCCGCGCAUUCGCAACACUAGGCUUCUGCGACAAGGGUAGCGCAUGCGAGGACAAGCACGUCCACGAGUGCCCAGACUAUGCCAACAACGGCGCCUGCAACAAGAAGCGCUGCCAGCUGCCACACGUCGACCGUGCCGGCCAGAUCCGCAAGGCUGCAGCUGCAGCUGCUAGUAAGGCUAAUUUGGGUGAGGAUGACUCUGAUCCGUCUAGUGAGGAAGAGGAGUACGAUGCAAUUGACUCGGAUGAUGUUGACUCGGAUGCUUUCGAUGAUACUGUCAUUGAGGGUGUGGACAGUGGUGAGAUGGCCGGACAGCAGGAUUUCAUCCGCUUCUAG